AUGGCCGAAAACAAUAAUCAUGAGCACACCUUCGACUCGGCCGAUGCCGGUGCUUCGGCCACUUUCCCGAUGCAGUGCUCGGCCCUGAGAAAGAACGGCUUCGUCGUCAUCAAGGGCCGUCCCUGCAAGAUCGUGGACAUGUCGACCUCCAAGACCGGCAAGCACGGUCACGCCAAGGUCCACCUUGUCGCCAUUGACAUCUUCACUGGCAAGAAGCUUGAGGAGCUGUGCCCGUCCACCCACAACAUGGACGUCCCCAACGUCAAGCGUAGCGAGUACCAGCUGCUCGACAUCUCGGACGACGGUUUCCUCUCGCUGAUGAACGACGAUGGUGACACCAAGGACGACGUCAAGCUGCCCGACGGUGAGGUUGGUGAGAAGAUCACCAAGCUCUUCAAGACUGAGGAGAAGGACACCAACGUCACCAUUCUUACCGCCAUGGGUGAGGAGGCUGCCAUUGACGCCAAGGAGGCUGCCCGCUCGUAA